AUGUCUGCAAUCACGACCGGUGCAGCCCGAGAGGGUGACGGCGUCUCAAUCCCCCACCCUGAUGCUGUCGAUGAGAAGUCCGCUGUCACGGUGCUCGCUGGCAAAGAAGACCACAGGAUCACCGGUGAUGAGCUGAGCGGCGAAGAGGACCGCGAAAGCGAAGACGCUAUUAUCAUCACUGGUGCAGACGCUGCCGCUCACCUGCUCCCACUCAGAGAUGACUUCGACCCUGCCUUGACAUUUCGGAGUAUCAUUCUCGCCUCCGGUCUGGCGUGCUUCCAGGCGGUCAUGAACCAAAUCUACAUGUUUAAACCUACUGCCGUCACCAUUCAAGGAACUUUCAUCGUUCUGAUCGCUUACUUUGUCGGCAAUGCCUGGGCCAGGUUCCUCCCCCGGGGUGAUAAGUUUGAAGCGCGUUGGAGGGAGAAGGGUGGUCAGGGAAAGCUUCCAUGGCAUAUUCGGUGGAUAAAGUUUGUGAAUCCUGGACCGUGGACUCUGAAGGAGCACGCUAUUUGCGCUAUCACAGCCACAUCUGCUUCCAAUGCCUCUGUAUCCUCGCAGGUGUUUGCGGCGCAGAACCUCUUCUAUAAUAUGCCCUUUAGUGCCAUCACUGUCAUCUUCAGCAUCAUUUCGAUCGGUCUGUUCGGUUAUAGUCUCUGUGGCAUUAUGCGACCUAUUGCCGUCUGGCAUGUUGAGGCGGUCUACUGGAGUACUCUUCCUACGGUCAAGACCCUUCAAGGGUUGCAUUGGCAGCAGGUCAAAAACUCCAAGCCGCUCCGGUACUUCUGGUAUGCCUUUACUGGCAUGUCGUUGUAUGAAAUUAUUCCUGCAUACAUAUUCCCGUGGCUUAACUCCGUUUCUAUUCCGUGUCUAGCUUCCCAGAAAGCAACCGGCAAAAAGGGCGCUGUACUCACCAAUGUUUUCGGUGGGGCCACCAAUAAUGAAGGGAUGGGUUUAUUCUCUCUCAGCUUCGACUGGCAAUAUAUCACCUCCUUCCAAACCUCCCUUCCUCUCAAGCUCCAGCUUCACCAGGACAUUGGCUUCGCCUUCUGCUUCAUCAUCAUGGUAGCCAUAUACUACGGAAACGGCUGGAACGCCCGAUCCCUUCCAUUCAUGUCCACGCAGCUUCUCAUGGCGAAUGGUACUUCGUAUCCGGUCGCCAGCGUCUUCCCUGACGGCGUGCUCGACAAAUCUGCGUUGGCUAAAUACGGUGUACCCAGACUAACUGGAACUUUUGCAUACGCUAUGUUUAUGGCCAACGCUGCUAUCGGAGCCCUCAUCAUGCACUGUAUCAUCUUCUGGGGCGGCGAUAUCAAGCGGGCCUACCAGAGCGCCAAACAAGGUCGCUACGACGAUCGUCACCACGAGCACAUGGCCAAGCAUUACAAGGAAACCCCGUGGUGGUGGUACGUUGCGGUGCUUGUCAUCAGCUUUGUUCUCGGACUGGUGGUGGUUCUCAAGGAGAAUAUUACCCUCCCCGCCUGGGCGUACAUUGUCUCAUUGAUUGUCGGAAUCAUCAUCUCGCCUUUCAGUACCAUCCUCUACUCUCGCUACGGAAACGGAAUCGCGACCAACAACCUCUCAAAGAUGUUAGCAGGACUGAUGCUUCCCGGGCGCCCCGUUGGAAACAUGUACUUUGCAGCGUGGUCCCACAACGUGAUCCAAAACGCAGUGAACCUAUCCAACGACCUGAAGAUGGGCGAAUACCUAAAAAUUCCCCCACGAGUCAUGUUCCUCACCCAAAUCUACGGCACCAUCCUGGGCGGCUUCAUCAACUACGCCAUCAUGAUCUCCAUCGUGACCGGCAACAAAGCCCUCCUUUCCAACGGCAACGGCAACUCCUCCUGGAGCGGCGCCACCAUGCAAUCCUACAACACCAACGCCGCCUCCUGGGCCCUUGCCUCCUACCUCUACCGCUCCGGCACUCCCUACGCCAUGGUUCCCAUCGGUCUAGCCAUCGGCGCCGCAGCUGUCGUCGCCCACCGUCUCUUCUACUACUUUGUCCCCAAAAUCCGCAACUUCGACGUCUCGGAAGUCAACAUGCCGCAAUUCAUCCAAUACGCCGGCUACAUCCCCUACAACCAAUCACAGACAUGCGUGCUCUUCAGCUGGGUCCUCUCAGGCCUCUUCGUGCAGUAUUAUCUGCGGAACUAUCAUCCGAGGAUUUUCAAGGAUUACUCGUAUUUGAUUACGGGUGCGUUUGAUGGCGCUAGUUUGACCAUCGUGUUUAUUCUUUCGUUUGCGGUGUUUGGCGCUGCGGGUGUCGCGCAUGAUUUUCCCUCUUGGUGGGGGAAUAAUUCGAAUGGGAAUUAUGAUUGGUGUCCUGUUACUUAG